AUGGUUGGACAUGGGUAUAAAAUAAAUGGUUUCAAAAGUUUAUUGCCCAAUUCCAUUGCGAAUUUCUCCACCACAAUCACUUGGUUAACUCUAGAUGGCAACUAUGUAUUGGGUAGCAUACCUCUUGGUAUUGGAAACAUUGUAAAUUUGCGUACACUCUAUUUAAGUACCAACAUGCUCGUUGGUAGUAUUCCUGAUUCCAUUGGAAAACUCUUCAACUUGGAAAAGUUGCUACUUCUAACAAAUAACAUCUCUGGAGAAAUUCCAUCAUCUAUUGGAAACAUUACUCGGCUUGGUAUUCUUGACUUAUCAAUAAAUAUGAUAGAGGGAACCAUACCAGUUUCUUUAGGUCAUUGCACAAAUCUAAGGGAAUUUCAUCUCGGAGACAACCACCUCACUGGAGAUAUACCUCAAGAAAUCUUUGGUCUUUCUUCUCUUACUAUUCUAAUCUUGAGUCAAAAUUACCUAACGGGAUUCCUACUACAAGAAGUGGGUAACUCAAAAAAUCUUGAAAGAUUGGAAAUAUCAAAAAACAAACUAUUUGGAGAAAUCCCCGCUACUCUCAGCAAUUGUCAAGUUUUAGAAUUCCUCUACAUGAUGGCUAACCUUUUCGAAGGUACAAUUCCGGAAUCCUUCCAACAACUAAAAGGUCUUCAAGUUCUUGAUGUUUCUCACAAUAACUUGUCAAGACAAAUUCCAAGCUUUUUAAGUGAGUUACCUUUUUUACUAAACCUUAAUCUUUCUUACAAUAUGUUCGAUGGUGAAAUUCCAAAUGGAGGAGUUUUCAGAAACAUUGGUGCAUUCUCAAUUGUUGGAAAUAAAAAGCUCUGUGGAGGGAUUAAAGUAUUACAAUUGCCCGCAUGUCCUGCAAAAGACUUGAAGGAAAUGAGACAACCUUUUAAGUGGAUUCUCAAAUUCGGUGAAUUAACUGUUGCUGUGAAAGUACUCAAGCUUCAUGAAUGUGGAGCAAUCAAGAGUUUCAAAACAGAAUGUGAAGCACUGAAGAACAUUUGCCAUCACAAUCUAGUCAAGGUAAUCACAUCUUGCUCAAGCAUUGAUUUUAAAGGCAAUGAUUUUAAGGCAUUGGUCUUCGAGUUCAUGAAAAAUAGGAGUUUAGAGAAAUGGUUACAUCCAAUUAGUUUUUCAGAGCAACAUGACCCUAAUCACUUGACCUUUGUUCAAAGGCUAAAUAUUGCCAUUGAUGUGGCCUCUGCGUUGGAUUAUCUUCAUCAUCAUUGUGGAGUGGCUAUCGUUCAUUGCCAUUUAAAGCCAAGUAAUAUUCUUCUUGAUGAUAAUUUAUGUGCCCAUGUUGGUGAUUUUGGCCUCACAAGGAUUCUUUCAGCCACCACAGGUAUAUCCAAUCAUCAUCAAUCAAGUUCAAUUAGGAUUAGAGGAACAGUUGGAUAUGUUGCCCCAGGUAAUUGUCUAUAUUUAUUAUUCAUUCCAUUACAUUGA